UCCCCAAUACAGAACGACUUUUCCCAUGCUGACUGCAUGCCAAGUAAUGAGAACAGUUUGCUGGAACGAACCGCAGCACCUCGUGACGGACUUCCAAUGAAUUCCCAUAGACCUCAGUGGGAAGCUGUACAUAUUGAGAAGAUAACACUGAAAGGCAUACCAAGGAAAAGGGCUGACAAACAUUUGGAAUACACCUUUAAAGUAACCUGGUCUGAUCUUUCUGUAACAUGUGUAACAAAAACACACCAGGAGCUGCAAGAAUUCUUAUUAAAACUUCCAAAGGAGCUGUCUUCUGAAGCGUUUGAUAAGACUAUUUUACGGGCACUAAAUCAGGGUUUUCAGAAGAGAGAAGAAAGGCGCCAUACAGAUCUGGAGCCCAUAGUAAGGCAGCUAUUUUCAAAUACAUCUCAAGCUUUUCUGCGGAGUCAGAGAGUGUACAAUUUCUUCCAGUCAGUUUCAUCAGAAUCUUUGCACACUCAUGGUAAUUUACAGCCUUCUUUGAAAACCACUAAGAUGUCAGAACACUUCAAGGAGGACAGUUCAGAGGCUUCCAGUCAGGAGGAAGAUGUCAUGCAACAUGCAGUGGUUCAUAAGAAACUUAAUGGGAAAAGUCCUGUCGCCAACACAACUAGCAGUACAAAAUGCUCUUCUUUGGAUGGCCUUAGCAUACAGCACUCUGAACAGAAUGGGGUAAUAGACUGGGGAAGAAAAAGCUACAGCAUCCAACAGCACGCAGAGCACUGUACAAACUUACUUGACCAGCAUGCAGGAGAGAAACGAAGUUUAGCUGCAAUAAACAAGAAGGGAAAGCCACAGCUUGAAAAAGAGAAAAUAAAGAAAACUGAAAGCAGAUUGAGCAAUAGAAUAAAUGGAGUAAGAAUUGCAGCCACACAGCACAUCCGUUCAGGGGCAGUGAAAGAUCUGAAUUUGGAUAUUGGUUCUGGACAUGACACGUGUGGAGAAACUUCUUCAGAAGGUUACAGUUCUCCUUCUAGCCCACGGCAUGAUGGGAGGGAAGAAAGCUUUGAAAGUGAAGAAGAAAAAGACAGAGACACAGACAGCAAUUCUGAAGACUCUGGGAAACGAAAUGCAACCAGGUUUACAGGUUAUGGUACUGUCGAUCCAUCGAAUAUCAACAAAUCGGUUUCUCAGAUUUCUUCAGCAAGUAAUGAAAAUGGAAGCACUUCAGAGGUUCCUUUGAAUUCUAAGUUUCAGCAUAUUUCCUUUAUGUCUGCCUUACACUGUGUGAUGCACAAUGGUGCCCAGAAGCCUGAAGCGGUAGUCCCACCACCCAUAUCUGCUGACAGUAAAACAAUGGAGAUGCUUGUUACCACUCCUGUUGCUACAUCACCACUAAGAGAAUCUGCAAAUCCAACUCCAGGCGGAUUGGGGUCAGUGACUUCUGGUGAAUCUGAGAAACGCCUUGAGCUGUUGGCUUCCCCUCUACAAGUCCCACCUACUUUCCUUCCCCAACCUGGUAGCCCAGCUUUGCACUUGGCAAUACAGAGACUGAAAAUUCCCUCUCCACAGGGAUCGUCAGAGAGUUGCACAGUUAAUGGACCACAACAGCCAACAGGAAACUUAAGCAUUGGAUCACCAAAUACUGCCUUUAUCCCAGUCCACAACCCAGGUAGUUUUCCAGGAUCCCCAGUUCCUACUACAGAUACCGUCACAAAACCUGCAGCCCAGGUGAUAGGACUGAAUCAAAUGGUGCCUCAUAUUGAGGGAAACACAGGAGCAAUCCCUCAGCCUACCAGUCUUAAGGUAGUUCUUCCAGCAGCUGGUCUUUCAACAGCCCCACCGCCACCUCCACCAGUUUCAUAUCCUUUGCCAGGCAGUCCUCAUGCUACCAGUGUGUUGCCCAACCAGAAUACAAAUGUGCUAAAUACUGUAGCAACUUCAUCACCUCCUCAGUCAGCUAGUCUAGGUGUUGGCCAGAUCCAGUCCUCUGUUCCUCCUGCAAUACCUACCCAUACACCAGGCCCUGCCCCUAGCCCAAGCCCUGCUUUAACACACAGCACUGCACAGAGUGACAGCACAUCCUAUAUAAAUGCUGUUGGAAACACUAACACUAAUGGAACUAUAUUGCCACCCCAGCAGUUGGGGUCAGGGACCUGUGGGUCUUGUGGACGUAGAUGUAGCUGUGGGACCAAUGGAAGCCUUCAGAUCAGUAAUUAUUAUUAUCAUAACCCACUUCAUGGACAAGUCUACAGAGUUCCACCUUUCUUCCCUCUGCCAUCUCUUUGCAAUGGCAGCUACCUCAACCAAGCACAUCAAAGCAAUGGAACACAACUUCCUUUUUUCCUGCCUCAGACUCCAUAUGCAAAUGGGCUUAUGCAUGACCCAGUAAUGGGGAGCCAAGCCAACUAUGGUAUGCAGCAGAUGGCAGGAUUUGGGAGGUUCUAUUCAGUAUAUCCAGCACCUAACGUAGUUGCCAACACAAAUGGAUCAGGGCCCAAGAAGAAUGGGAAUGUUUCAUGUUACAAUUGUGGUGUAAGUGGACAUUAUGCGCAGGACUGUAAGCAGUCAUCCAUGGAGGCCAAUCAACAAGGCACUUACAGACUGAGAUACGCACCUCCCCCUCCCCCUUCCAAUGAUACGUUGGAUUCUGCAGACUGAAACAAGUAAACAUUGCCUACUUAAACUGAAGCUGGGAAAUUGUGGGGCAGGGGGGAGGGUUCUUUGACCUUGUGUUUGGGACAUUCCCAGUUUUAUAUUCUUUUUGGAAUUUUUCAUUGCUUUUGCACCUCCGUUCCAAUACAAAAGAAGAAAGCUGAGUCCCCGGUCUCCUGGUUCUACAAGUCUUGCCUAAUGCAUGUAAUUCAAACUAACAGCCAAACAAUCAAAAAGAGCAUUUGAACCAUACUUUUGCACUGAAGACUUGAGACAUGUGCAAUGUUUACUACAUUUAAAAAAAAAAAAAAAAAAGUCCUCUGACCUCUGACAUCACUGAUGGAGCAGCCAUAUGGUGAAAGAAGAAACUUAGUCAUAUUUUCCCACAAUCUUUCCCCCCUCCUCAUUCUCCUUAUGCUGCUGGUUUUCUUUUCUCACCCUCACUUUGUCCACAUGGUUUCAUUGCACUGAACAAGUGUUUGGCUGUUUAUACAGACCUUGUCCAUAUUCUAAAUCAUUACACUCCUAAACUGAGGGAAAACUGUUUACUCAUUGUAUUAGGGGAGACUACCAAAACACAGAAUAGUGUAUAUGUACUAUAUUAUAGAUAAUACAUAUACAUAGCUGUUGUGAGUCUCAAAUCAACAAAUUACUUGGUAUGGGAAGGAGUUGAAACUGUGUGGACUUGAAAAGAUUUAUGAAAAUGAACACAUUUAAAAAAGAUUUUACAUCCAUUGUAGCUUUUUAGCCUCUUUUUUCAGAGAUAGUAAAAAACAAAAAACAAACCUGGUAUGAAUGUUGUAAUCAGCGUGUUUGCAUUUGUAAUGAAAGUUGACAGCAAGGUCGUUCCCUUUUUUUAAGCUAUUCGACUUCCGUGUCAACACAGAAUGAAUGUUAUUUGAUUGAAGUUUUUUUUUUUUUUUUUUUUUUUCCCCUGAACUGUUACAGUGUUGCAUUGUAUUGAGAAUGUAAAUGGUUUAUUUCAAACUGAACAAAAAUUAAGAUUUUCUACAAAAUAAAGUCAGGUAUUGGUAUAAUUAGAACCUGUCUACCAAAUAGCAAAGUCACUAUUUUAUAACAGUUCACCACUAUGCGUGAUUAUGGUAUAAUGUGAAAGACUGAAAUGAGUGCUAAGAUGGUAUUAAUCAUGUCACUAAGUUUAAUGCUGCUGUAUUUUUUUUAUUUUAUUUUUUAAAGCCAAUAUAUGUACUAAAUUGCUUCCAGGUAAUAUUUGAUUUCCUAAAGUGCACUGAGGUUAUCUGGAAGAUGAGUGUAUUUUUGACUGCUGCAUUCAACACCGAUGAACAACUACCACUGUAUUAUCCAUAGGAUUCUGGCAUUCCUCGCAGUUCAUGACAGAAGCAAAAGGAGGGUAUUUUUGUUGUUGUUUAAGACUAGUAUGCAGUAGAGGGACAUAAGUAAAAUUCAGUCUUUGAUUCAGCUGGCUAAUAAUAAAUUUGCUAAACAAAAAAAAAAAAAAAAACUUGAAGGGAAAAAAAAAGCUUGAUUACUACAUUUGUUCAUAGGUAGCAUUUAUAUUUAUAGCACCAGUGUACAUUUUGAAACUUUUCUUUGGGGGAGGGAGGUAGAUGAAAGCUUUAAUUUAAAAGGAGAAAGUUUAAGUAGUAAAUGGAAAUUAUUUUGAUUAAAUAUUUUAUUUGAUCUCGGUAUUUUUGGACCACGAUAAAUGAAUUAACUGCGUUGGUGAGGGUGUUAAAGCACCAAUGGGCUCGCAUUGUGAAUUACCUGCCAGUUGUACUUUACGGAACUUAUUUUAUGAUUUAAAAUACUGUACUGUAAAUAGGAGGUAUGUUACCUUCUCUUUAUUUGUAUGUUUACCAUAUACUUUGAUAUUUGAAAUGUACUGGAAAGGUCACUUAUAUUUCUAGAAGAGAUUGGAUUUUAUGCAACCUUUUUUCCUUGAAUUAACAGCAAUAAAAAAAGAAAAAAGCAUCUGUCUGCAAGUACUAUACUUAAUCCU